AAAAAUGGGGACGGGUAACGACACUUCCACUGCACAGCAAACAGAUUGGACUGAGGUUAUCACAAAUAUGCGUAAGGCCUCCCUAGUCUUCUACUGCCUGAUAUUCAUACUGGGGACUGUGGGCAACGGGCUGGUCAUCUACGUGACCGGCUGCAGGAUGAAGAGAACCGUCAACUCCGUUUGGUUUCUCAACUUGGCCCUGGCUGACUUCCUCUUUACGGCCUUCCUGAUUUUCUCAAUCAUUUCUGCCUCUCAAGAUCACCAAUGGCACUUUGGACUAAUCAUGUGUAGGCUCAACAGCUUUGUGGUUGUAGUCAACAUGUUUGCCAGUAUCUUUCUUUUGACAGCCAUAAGUCUGGAUCGUUGCCUGUCAAUCUGGGUGGUGGUGUGGGCACAAAACAAGCGCACCGUUUGCAAAGCGCAGGUCAUAUGUGUAGUCAUCUGGAUAACUGCUGCGGUCUGCACCAUCCCUUAUGCAGCUUUUCGAGACAUUGCACUCUGGGAAGAUAAGACUUUCUGUGGCUAUUCCUCAUCCAUAACAAAUGAAAAAAAAUGGACUCUUGGCAUUUUUCGCUUUGUUGUCGGCUUCCUCAUCCCAUUCCUGGUGAUAUUUGUCUCUUAUGUGGCCAUAGGUGUUCGUGCAGGGCGUCUGCAGAGAACAAGGAAAAAGAGACCUCGCCGAAUCAUUUUCUCCAUCGUUCUUGCAUUUUUCCUCUGCUGGUUGCCCUACCAUGUUGUGCAUUUUCUAGAAUUAAAGUCCAUGACUGACAGAAAUCUUGGUAGCAUCGUUCACAUUUUAGGUCCUCCGUUUUUGAGUUUGGCUUUUUUUAACAGCUGCCUGAACCCCAUUCUCUAUGUUUUCAUGUGUGAUGAAUUCCAGAAGAAACUCAAGCAGUCUGUUUGCUUUGUCCUAGAGAAUGCCCUGGCUGAGGACCACAUGUCAUUUAUGUCCUCUCGCUCCUUGUCCUCACACUUUUCUCGGAUUUCCCGUAAGUCUGACUCUACGGCACCUGAGGAUAUGAAAGUCGUGGCUACUUCCUACAACUUUACAGAAAGCAAAGUGGUGAUCGCUGCCGAGACAGAGACAGCGAGCACUGAAUGAGCCUCCACAGCCUCCUGAAACUUCCACAAAACAGUUGUCAUCACUGAGGAGAGUGACGCUGAGCACUGAUUAAAACCACCAAUACAAGCAAUGUAAAUUAAAUAAAUCAGGAUUAUUUUUAAAAACUUGUAAUCAAUGGCAGAGAAAGAAAACUGAAAAUGACAUGUUGAAUUGAUUCAGACAGUACAUCUCUACACACUGGGACAGUUGAAAUAUUUGUUGUUUGUCUUAAAAGUACAUGCAGUUUGAUGACAUCACAUAACUCUGAAUAUGUUCAAGGACUAAUCAGCCAGAAUAAUUGUAAAUAAAAAAACCUGUGUGAGUGUGCUGCCGCUUUAAGAUGUAGAGAUUAAGAUUGUUUGUAAACAUUUAAAGGAAAUUAUUUGUACAAUGAAUCUGUAACCUACAAGACAUCCUAUAUGGAAUUGUCUAUAAUUAAUGUUUAAGAGAACAGUUUAUGUUGAAGUUUGUAUUUUUUGUUGUUUAAACUUUUGGUGCUCCAGCUUAUUUACCCUUGUUUAAUGACUGAUUGCUCAUAGCAGCAUCCACAAAACUGAGCUUUAAUAAUGAGCUGUAUGCAUUUGAAUACUGUGAAUAAAA